GUCUUGUCAUUUGUUGUUGUUCUUUCCCACGUUCAGACUCCGCUGCGUUUUCGGGCUGAUAAGAGUGGUUUUCGGGAAAGCUAAACGAAUUUUCUCUCACCGUACUGCUUCUGGAGGGAAAUCGAGAACCAGAAGCAUCGUAGUGGUUGUGACCAACUUGGGAGUGUAAAACGAAUUUAGCAAACCGUACCACAUCUUUCGUUGGGAAAUCGAACGCGAGCCGAGCUUCCGGAUAACUCCGUGCGGUUACCGUGUGUGCAGAUGAGUGCGAACGUGUCGUGUUUGGUGCGCGUUACCAGUAUGAUGUCACGGUGUGCGAAAUGCUGUACACCUCGAAUGCCACGGAUUAGUCACCAGAUACGCGAUGGGAUGGCAUGCACGUCUUCCUACAGCACGGAUGCUCUACACCGCCCGCAGCCCGUACGAAUUGCUGGAAGAAAUGGAUACAACCCGGUCGGAACGGUUACGGCGAGUUCGUGCUUUGCGGGAACUGGCACCAGCUCGCGGUCGUAUACGCAGGCAGCCUCUACCCUAACCCGGGAACAGCUGCACGAUCUGGUGUACAGGUUAAACGAGGAUGAAAGAGAAUUGCUUAUGAACACGCUGAAGCAAUUCGAAUCCAACAAAGUGAAGGCAAAGUUUGAAGGGCAGUUGGCAGCAACCGUUUGGCGAAGUAGAUUCGGUCGUCCAGCAAAACUAAAACCUGCCCUGGGAGAUGUAGAUCCUACCGGUUCCUACUGCGCGGUGCCGGAAGAUUGGCUGCAAAAAAAGUUCGCCGAAACCGUACCAGUACCACCCACAUCGGACCUCAUGAAACUCGGAUUGGUGAAUGCGCUUCCCUUCAUUGGAUUUGGUUUCCUCGACAAUUUCACAAUGAUUAUUGCGGGAGACUACAUUGAGCAUACGCUCGGAUUAUUUAUGUGCAUAUCGACAAUGGCAGCGGCAGCGCUAGGGAAUACCAUCAGCGACGUUAUAGGCAUCGGAUCCGCAUUCUACGUGGAGAAGCUGGCAGAAAUGAGCGGUGUGAAACCGCCGAAGCUUUCGCCAAUACAGCUGGAGAUGAAAGCCAGCCGAAGGGCGGCCAAUUUGGGGCGUGUGCUUGGUAUUACGAUCGGCUGCCUGCUGGGAAUGUGCCCUCUAUUAUUCAUGAAGGAGGAUAAGGAUAAGGACAAGGAAAAAGACAAAGCUAAGGAACCGAGCACGAAUGUUGCGAACGUUGCCGUGAACUAGGCAUCCAUUUGAUCCACAACAGAACGAGAGGUACAUUCGGUUUGGUGUUGUUGUAUGCUGCACCAAACCUAACUGCUUGGUUUUGGUGGUUUUAGGUCAAUUUAGGAUGGUCCCAAACGGGGCAUGAACACCUAUUCGCGUCUCGCACCGACAGUAACGAAAUCCGAAAUUUAAAUUAGACAGAUUCCCACUUCGAAGCGGUUAAUAUUUUACGUUGAUUGAUCGAAGGCGGUGAUCAGAUAUUCGAAUUACCACUAACGUACACUAACGACAAUGCGAAAGCACACACGUACCAUUAUACCAGCGAAGCACAUCGAUGGAACGAGUUAGCAUCGUAACGAGCAAACGGCUAGAACGGCUGGAUACGACUGUGUAUAUAUGUAUUAUCGUCGAUCAUGGUUUGGUGCGAUACCGAAGUACCGAGGUUCUCAUUUGUGUGAACGAUACCCCUUAACCCCGGGUAUCAUCAUCAGCGAUGGAUUCGCUUAUGAUUUAUUGUUUCAUUUCCUCGAGAUGAUUUAGCCAGCUAACGUCGAAAUGUAUGCUCUAGUUAUUGAUUAGCCACUCUAUUGGUGCUAUCUGUUACUGCUAUUUAUUAACGAUUCUCUACAAAACAACGUAUCGAGAGCCGAAUGUAUGCAAAUUUAUUGUAGAAGAAUCACAGGAUAGAGAGAUUGUGUGUAUGCUCGGGACGUUGUUUGUAUUCUAAUUAUAGUUAAAGCACAAACUAUGUUUAUAAUGAUUACUCUUAAAAUUGUUAAUCUUCUUAAUUGAAGAGCGACUAGUAAGACUAGUCCAUCUAUAAUGUGUUAUCGCUUCUAAACAAAAAAAAAACAAAAUGCACCAGUAUGCUAUGCACUAAUGCUGCCAUGAAUAUCACUGUUCUUGUUCUUGAAAGGCGGUUUAAACUUACACGAAUUAAGAAUUCAAUGACACGCGACACCAAUUUAUCUUUUAUCGUACCGAUAGCAUCAUCUUUGCGAAAGAAAAUUCUACACGAAAAGUUAAUUGCCCCGUAUUUUGACGACAAAAAUAGGUUCGAUAUUGACGAAUGUUUCAUUCGAAGAAGGUUGAUGAAAAAAUGACAACGUGAGGCGGUCGGAAGGGAAUAAUAUAGACAGUUAUUAAUGUCACUAGAGUAGCAAUUGUAGUAAUUGGGUCCAUUAAAAGAAAAAUGCAGGAAAAUUUUAUUAGAUUAGAGUUAUAUUACAAUAUUGGUAUAGCUUUCUGCAAAUCAGAGACCAAUUUCUCCAAAAAAAAAAAAAGGUGUAAAAGUAGUAAACCAGAUAUAAUCGUGUUCGUUGGCAUAGGUAAAUGUACUUAUGCCGUAUACAUAUUUCUAGUUGUUUCUCGGGCAGUAAGCAAGCAGUCGAUGUGCCGAAUGUUAUGAUAUUAUGGAAGAUACCUCACUAAUUUUGCUCUAAGUAUUUACUUACCACGUUUUUUCUGCCGACGAGGUUGACAGCUACAAGGGAGCAUAUUUGUUGGGAAUGAGUUGCAGAUGUGUUUUCUCUUAGGAGUUUUGUUAUUGGCUAAGCAAACACGAUCCAUUACACCCUUUUUCAUGCGAUGCUCUACAGCAACGGGUCUGGUUUCCUCUCCGUUUUUUGUUUGCGCUACAAAUGACAAAGCACUUUGUGAAAUAACGAUUCUUAACCAAGUUCUUCCACAUUCCCCGUGAGCGCACAUACGGUUGGUAACGGUUCUCAAGGUGUGUGCAUAAUCCCUCCAUGUUAAGCACAAUAAUAUUCUAAACUAAUAUUUCUACUACUCAAACCUAUACCCCCCCUGGCCUUACACAUUUACCAAAAACAAAAAAAAAACAAAGGAAAACGAAAACCAGAACUAAAGUGUGAGGAAUUGAAGCAACGUUGAUUGGCGGCUACAGAACGAUAUGAAACUAUUUUUCUAAAAUUCUUCCAUCUGGUCCCGCGUCGAUCAGAUAAUGCGAAAGUAGUAGAUGGUGAUGGUUUUGUCCACGCAGUAGCGCUUUCACAAUAGCUAAUAUGGUCAAUUUUCUAGUAAUCAAAACACCUGAAUACUGUCCUACGUCGUCUUUCAUCUUAACUCAAUAUUGUCGAUUAAAUAUAGGUACGAAACAGAAGGUGGAUAAACAAAACAUAAAAACUAUGAGCAACUAGCACAAUGCAUUUCAAUCAUAAUAAUACAACAAAUUAUGUAGCUAUUGUUAGCGGAAAAUAAUUAAAAUGUUUGUUUGUUUUUCGUUUCUUUUUGAGAAAACCACAGGCAAUCGCUUGGUAAGGUUUUGAUAAGGAAAUGAUUAUGAGCGAGCGAUUAGGGAACAGUUCCAUUAAAAACUAACGACCGAUUCAACUUACUAGACAGCAAUGGGAUGCUUGUGAAAUGCUUUGUAGAUCUUCCAGUUCCAAAAGUUCACAGAAAAGCGCGUGUAACACAACACUGCGAAAUAAUAAUGCUCAAAUCAGAAGCCGAUAAACAGCUCCGUACGUGUACGGUAGUAUAGAUAGAAUUGAUGCUCGGGUAUCGUGCAAAACACACUUGAUCAACACAAUACAAAUCAAUAAACGAUGUAAUGACGAACAGCAAUAGAAAUAGCAAAUAUUGAACGAAUGUGUACCAAAUAAACAAUAAUUCACUAUCUCAUCUUA